AUGUAUUUUGAACACGUUGGAGUCACUCUUUUCGGCAGUGGAGUCGCUGGAAUAUACUUUGUAUCGAAGGUUCCCGAUAGGUGGGCGUCAAAGCCUGGACGUUUUAAAAUCGAUGUGGCGGCACGCUUUCCACGACGAUGUGCUUCGGUCUUUUGA